UUCAACACUAGUAACAUCUAUUUUGAAAGGAGAACCGUUUUGGCAUUUUAAUUGUUUUCUGGAUAGACUGUCCCGGCAUAUUUGACAAUGGGUUGUGUCUGUUCGCUCUGAAAAACCUUUUCAUCUGCUUUCCAAACUGCUGUAGACAUAACUGCUCACAAAUCAUUAACGUAAGUUAUUAGAAACAGAUUAACGUGGACAAGGAAUGGAAUAUGGCUACAUCUGACCUGAUGCUGAGUCUUGGACUUAUUGAGAAAGAUGUAAAUGCAGACACGCUUUGGGUUUGGUGCUAUCCUUCCAUUGGUGCUGAUCUGCGAGAGGUUCUGUUGAGAAAAUGUUGCCUGACGUUGGACAAUCGGGUGCUGCACACGUUUGUAUUCGGACAGUACUGCAGAACCUGGUACUACAUCACCACUGUCGAGGUUCAGGAGCCAACUGUGCUUAAAAAGGUGACACAUUUCUCAAUAGUUGUCACAGCUAAGGACUUCAACCCUGAAAAAUAUGCUGCAUUCAGUAGAGUUCUGUACAGGAUGUAUAUUAAACAUGGAAGUCCUGUGAAGAUGAUGGAAGGCUACAUUGCUGUUCUGACCAAAGGGAUAUGCCAGAGUGAUGAGAACGGUUCCUUCCUUAUCAAAGAUUAUGACGUCAGGAAGGCCUACCUGGGUGGCUCCUUAAAAGAUGUUGUGUCACAAUUUGGUAUGGAGACCAUCAUCCUUUACACAGCACUAAUGCUGAAAAAAAGAGUGGUGGUCUAUCACCCACGGAUUGAGGCGCUGCUGGAGUUCACAAGAGCUCUUCCUGGCCUAGUAUGGCAUAGAAAAGACUGGUCCAUACUCCAGCCUUUUGUUCAUCUGGAUAAUAAUGAGCUGGAAAACCUCAAGCUGUGUACAGGGUAUGUUGCAGGGUUUGUCGAUGCUGAAGUCAGAGACCGAUCAGACCUGUUUGAUGUGUAUGUAAAUCUACCAGACAGUGAGAUCACGGUCUCACAAAAUGCCAAAGAGGCAAUGGCUAUGGGAAAACUUCAUAAAGAGAUCGGCAACUUCAUUGUCCAGGCUGCAGAGGACACUGAUCGCACAGAUGCACAGGUUAUUAAGGAUAUUUCAGUAAAAACUAAAGAAAUCCUCAGUAAUCUGAUGUCUCUUGCUGAUGAAGCAGACAACUCCAAAUUGACUUUGGAGACUCUGAAGCAGCGGCAUUACCCUCCAGCGACUGAAAACUUCCUCUUCCACUUAGCUGCAGCUGAGCAACUCUUGAAGAUUUGACCAAUCAGUGCAUCCUGUCCAACUGGCAUGCCUCACAAUAAUCACUGAGAUAGGAACUUGCCUUUCAAAGUGGAAUCAUUCACAAAAUGAAUUGUAACAUUUGGAUAAUCUCUAAUAUCAGGGUUGUAAAUGGGAAAAUAAGUUUUAUUGGGACAAUAUAAAGAUAUAGAAGUACAACACAUAGCUAUAACAUGAUGGGUGCAAUUACGAAUGUUGAAUGUGACAUUUCUAAGUAAUAACACAGGUUUGAGGUAAAUAAUUAUUAUUAAUCAAACCUUUUUGGUAGUAUUUAGAUCUUGA